ACUUUGGCGUCCACUCUACGACCACCCUCCUUUUCUUACAUAAAUUUCUCAUUUUAUUAUAAUUUCUCUCUCAAUUGCUCCAGAAAAUUCUUUCACUGUAAACAUGGCUAACAACGAGGCAAAUGGAAAUGAGAAAAGUUCUGGAAGUAACCGUGCCGUCCUCAAUGAAAGGAUUCUCAAUUCCAUGUCACGAAGAUCUGUUGCUGCUCAUCCCUGGCAUGACUUGGAGAUCGGGCCUGGUGCACCUCAAGUUUUCAACUGUGUGGUAGAAAUUGGGAAAGGAAGCAAAGUCAAAUAUGAACUCGACAAGGCAAGUGGUUUGAUUAAGGUUGAUCGGAUUCUCUACUCAUCAGUGGUUUACCCACACAACUAUGGUUUCAUCCCUAGAACGAUUUGUGAAGACAGCGAUCCCAUGGAUGUGUUAGUAUUGAUGCAGGAACCUGUUCUGCCUGGCACCUUCCUUCGUGCACGUGCUAUUGGAUUAAUGCCUAUGAUUGAUCAGGGUGAAGGGGAUGACAAAAUCAUAGCAGUAUGUGCAGAUGACCCUGAGUUUCGACACUACACUGAUAUCAAAGAACUUCCUCCCCACCGUCUUGCUGAGAUUCGACGUUUCUUUGAGGAUUACAAGAAGAAUGAGAACAAAUCAGUCAAAGUCAAUGACUUCUUACCUGCCGAGGAUGCAGUCAAAGCUAUCGAGUAUUCCAUGGAUCUGUAUGCCUCCUACAUUGUUGAAAGCUUGAGGCAGUGAUUUGGUUGGUUAUUGGAGUUGGUUGGUGCAGAAACUUGUAAUGUGAUAGGAUUGUCAAAGAGAUAUAUGAGAAAUGUGUAAUGAAGAAUGCUUAAUGAAAGUGUAAACUUCAUACUCUUAACAAAUAAAGACCUGUUUCAGAGAA